AGCGGCGCGGUGACGUCACGCGGCGUCCGCGCUGAAGUACAUCUGCUGGUGCCGCAUCCUCGUCCCGCCGCCCGCGCACAUCCCGCCGGUGAACCUCCGGGACAAGCCCUCCGCCCCCCACCGGGACAGCUGGACAGGUCGGCGCCGUCACGCGCAUCCGUCCCCCCGCGCAGAAGCGUCCAGAAGGCGCCGGAGCUUGUGGCGGAAGAAGAGCGAGCGGGCGCCCGCGGUGCAUCAUGAACGACAGCGGCGGCGGCGAGCUCAGCCUGUACGACUUCGAGCGGCGCUUCGACGAGCGACGAGCCCUCGAGUGGAUGCAGGAGAACUGGAGCAAGUCGUUCAUGUUCUGUGGCCUGUAUGCUGCGCUGGUGUUCGGCGGCCGGCACUUCAUGAGGGAAAGGCCGAAGCUGAACCUGCGGCGCCCGUUAGUGCUGUGGUCGCUCAGCCUGGCCGUCUUCAGCAUCGUCGGAGCGCUCAGGACCGGACUCUACAUGAUGCACGUCCUCACAACCAGCGGCUUCAGACAGUCGGUGUGUGACAUCAGCUUCUACAGCGCCCCCGUCACCAAGUUCUGGGCCUACGCCUUCGUCCUCAGCAAGGCCCCCGAGCUGGGCGACACCAUGUUCAUCGUCCUGCGGAAGCAGCGGCUCAUCUUCCUGCACUGGUACCACCACAUCACCGUGCUGCUCUACUCCUGGUACUCGUACAAGGACCAGGUGGCGGGCGGCGGCUGGUUCAUGACCAUGAACUACACGGUGCACGCGUUCAUGUACACGUACUACGCGGCGCGGGCCGCCGGCCUGCGUGUGCCCCGCCCCCUCGCCAUGAUCAUCACGGCCACGCAGAUCCUGCAGAUGGUGAUGGGGCUGGCGGUGGUGUGCCUGGUGUACCACUGGAUGCACGAGGUGCGCUGCCCGUCCAACCUGGACAACAUCACGUGGGGCUCCAUCAUGUACCUCAGCUACUUGGUGCUGUUCGCCUCCUUCUUCUACAACUCCUACCUCAGAGGCGCCGCGGACAAACGGGCCAAGGCCGAGUAGUGUUCUUCCGCGCUGUGUUAACGCGACCGACAGUGAGCGGCCGUGAGCGCGGGAGUCACAGAUAAGUUGCCCGUUCGCCCCGGUCGUCACCAUCACCGGACUUUUUAAAAAGGCGCCUGUAGCUCAAAGAAAGAGCGGAGGUUUAAUAUGAUAAUGACCAUUAUUUAGGAUUUCACAAUGAUUAUAGAAACAUGGGGGGGGGGGUAAUGUUCCUGAUUCAUUAACGCUCACUUCGUUUAAAUUAUCGCCAUGGCAACUUACACUCUUGAACAGUAUCUAAUCAAACGAGGAACGAAUAUUCGUGAACAAAUGUUUAUGAUGUGAUGAAGGACAACAUCAUAAAAAAGGGGGGAUUGUAAAUUGAGAAAGGGUUUGUUCCAGAUGUUCCCACACUCUUUUCUAGGCUGUUUCUUGGACAUGAACUCCGGAAAAAAUGUCCGGGGAGAUUGGGUCCAGACAUUUUCCGGAGUUUUCCGUUCACUUUACGACACCAACAGAAACAAUUUCCAGAACAUUGUGCCGUGAAGGCAGAGUCACGUUUCAGAACUAUUCCUCGACUGACGACCUCGGCCUCGCUCACAUGUCGUUUUUCAAGAAAUAGUUGAAGCACAAAAUGUUGAACUACUCCUUUUUAAAAUCAUUUGUGUUUUAGCCUUUAGCGCAAAAGUGACGGUCUUAAGCGUAAAAACUCCGGAGUUCUGGAAAAGGGAAUGACGACUUUACUGUACAUGCACUGAGUGACACACACACACACACACACACACACACACACACACACACACACACACACACACACACACACACACACACACGAGACACAGCAUUUAAAAUGUGAUCACCGUCCCGACUCAUAAACCACAUCUUUUUAGUGUGUGUGUGUGUGUGUGUGUAGCUACAGUAACCACACACACACACACACACACACACUAGGAAGAGGCGGAACAAGCAGGACCUCUUCAUGUCCUUUUUUUUUUUUUUUUAAAUGUGAGCGAAACGACAUUCCUCGGCUGACAGAAUAUUCCCGGAGGAAAUAACUUUCUAGGAAAUGACGUAACGCGUGGAACGUGUUCCUGCCGUCCUCGUCCGCUCUGUUCUUCUGUCGAAUACAACAUGUUUACACGCUGGUUCACGUUCUGCCUUCCUCACCUCACGUUCAGAACCUCGACACGCAGUACUCCCGCCGUACACCAGGGGGAUCGCUGCGUGUGUCACGCAAACACACACUCGUUAUCAGAUCACGAAUCACGGAAUCGCUUGAUUUACACAAUUACACACGUUUAUAACGUUCUGAUGAAAACGCGAGUCCAUCGUGUACAUAAGAAAAAGGGGGAUUGUAAAUUGGUAAAGGAUUUGUUUCACACGCUCUUCUGAGACUCCGUUUGACUUUACGAAGAACGCAGCGGGAGAUUGUCCGAGUCGGACGCGAUGGCACCAACGGAAACAAGUUCCCGGAACAUUCUGUUGUGAAUCUUGCGGAGAUUUCACCCUAAAUAAAUCCGUCUGCAUGUCUCAAGUCUCAAGGUGGAAAGAGAAGCGGAGAAGGAGACUUUGACACGAGCGAUCGUGACGUCGCGUCGUCAUGAAACAUAGUUUAGACUUCGUGAAACUGAAACUGACUUUGAAAUGGAUGAGUCACAAAAUAAAUGAAUCCUUCCGCGGUACUGUAAGGGAAAAUAAUAAUAGAUUUGUAGAAUGAAAAGGUAAUAAAAACCAUAACCGAAGAGUAACUUGGCACUUAAUCGACUUUAGUGGUUAUUAAAAUAAUAUAUUUUCUUUGUUAUUAUCAUGUUCUUGCCUUUUAUUUGCCUCGAUUGGACGAGUGACGGAUGAAAUGAGACAAAAACAAAACCUGUGACACUCGAGUUCGGUGACGAGUCGCCCGGAGAGUCCGACGUGUCUCUGGGUUUGAACGCGUCUUUUCCUUUUUUUUUUUCCUAUAUAUACAUUCACGCUGUAUCAUGUGGCAUUAAUGUGCAGACAGACGCGCAGCUGAGGCACAAAAUGGAGAAGAAGAGAAACGGCGAACACCGUCAGUGAAACUGGCGGCAGUCUGAACACAUCCCGUGUGUUCCGGUUCCGUGUCCGCUCGUGGUUCUCAACCUUUUUCUUCUCUGUUUGUUUAACGCUGGUGAAGCAGCGUCUUGUUUGUGAUUCCUCGUCUCUGCUCUGGUGAAGUUUCCGCGAGAAAAAACAAUAUUAAAAUCGUGGAAAUGAAGUUUGUCCGUUGUAAAUAACGAGUCUAUUUAUUUUUCCCAGCGUGACGGUAGAUGUUUUUCCUCCAGCUGUUCUCCUCCUCUUUUUUUCAUCCUCCCGUCCAGAUGUGUCGUGGUCCGUUUGUUUCCACGUUUUCCUUUUUCACGUCUGCCGACGAAACUGCAUUUUUUGAUGAUAGAAGAUGGAGGAGGGUUGUGAAGUCCGACUGGAAGAGGACUUUCGUGUGUUUUUAUUCCCUCGCGCUCGUUCCUGAAGAAGCUCGUGAAAAAAGUGCGUUAAUCUCAUGAAGGAUAAAAUUCUUGGCUCGAACAAAUUCAGUGAAGAUGUUUUGUUCUGUGUCUUAAUAGAACCCGGCCUAUAUGGAUUUGUGAGGCUGAUGCUAAUACGAUUAAUUGUACGAUAUAUAUAUAUAUACAUAUAUAUAAUCUUUUUCAAAGGAGACAUAUUCUGCUUUUUCAGUUUUUCCUUUUCCUCUCGUGUGUUAUUGGAUUUUUUGUGUAUGUAGAAAGUUCUGCAAAGUUCCUUGUAAAGGGAGAAAACUCUGGUCCUGAAGCCCCUGAACGCCUCUUCAGUCGUCCGGACGAUGCGUUAUGCAUGUCCGUAACAUGGUGACAUCGCCACAUUACGGACAGGGGGUUCUUAAAGAGACGGUGACAAAAUUGGUAAAAUAGACUUUUUUUAGGUAAAACUUUUAUUUUCUGUGGCAACCACUAUUUCUGCUGCCAGAGUCGGAGGAUCUUUGAUUGACAGGAGUCGUCUCGCUGACACACAACCGCUCUUGAUGAGACAGUGUUUUGAGGUUUUACAUCAAAUAUUCCAUCUGAAUUAUUAUUUUUUUCACCACCAACACCUCGCCAGUGUCGCCUGAACACAUUUACUGUAAAAAAAAAACACAAAAAAACCUGCAACGAGCCACUGGGUGAAAGCUGUCGUGAUGUUUUUUCUUUUUCUUUUGGGCGACGAGGAUGUGACACGACAAGUUGUAACAUAAACUUGAAAUAAUUGUUAUAAUAUUUUGUGCCAAAUGAAGCUCAUGUGUGUGUUUUGUUUUUUUCUAACUCUGGUUAAUGUGAACUCACUGUUUGUCUGUUUGUUCCACUGAUUAAACUUCUGUGGAUUCUCGAUUCAUGAAGGGGAAGAAAGAAAAAAAAAACAGUUAAAGGGCUUCUGAUGUAGAAAUGUUCUAAUAAAUCCUUCCUGGUUUUA